AUGUCCAGAAGAGGCAAUGAUGACGUCUUGCUUUGGACGAUCUCCUGGGAGCUUCUCAGUCUUCUCGAUCUUGCGGACAACAUCCAUUCCUUCCAAAACCUUUCCGAAAACAACGUGGCGUCCAUCAAGCCAUGGGGUCUUGACAGUGGUGAUGAAGAAUUGGGAUCCAUUGGUGUCAGCUCCAGCGUUGGCCAUGGACAGCCAUCCGGCUCCGUAGUGCUUCAGCUUGAAGUUCUCGUCAGCGAACUUUUCUCCGUAGAUCGAACGUCCUCCGGUUCCGUCUCCGCGGGUGAAAUCUCCUCCUUGAAUCAUGAAGUCUUCGAUGACACGGUGGAAUUUGCUUCCUGGGUAUCCUUCUCCCUGAAAUGA